AUGUCAACAGAACAGUCGCCAUCGAACGGCAAGUCACUGAGCGAAGUACCAAAUGAUCAUGUCCCCGAUACAUUUUCUGACCAAUCUCCAAAACCGAGAAGACAAGGUCGACGGAUGUCUCUAAACGAUCUCGUUCAUUCACUCUCACCUCCACCCAAUCCAUCAAAUCAACUGGAUGAUAUCCCCGAAAAGCACCUACCUCAUUUGACCUCCGACGAGAAGCUGAAGAUUGAUCAAUUAUCUCGAGCGAUCUACGAUAUUCAGCGCGAACAAUCUGAACAAUCAGUUACAAGCAACGAGUUCGCCCGUAAAGCUCCUUUUACAUCGAUCUUCAGCCAAAAUCCAUUUAAGACGUUUGAGCAGUUGUCGGCAGAAGAACAACAAAGAUGGAAAGCCGCAAAAGAGCGUGGAGAAUUUGGGAUUAAGGAUGGAGAUGGAGCGGAGGAGGGAGAAUUGAGGUUUGGCAAGAUAAGGAAUGACGAAGGGGAUGAGAUUUAUGGUGUUUGGAAUCUAGUCUCAACCUCCAAGGCGAAGUUGAAUAACGAUGAGAAUCAACAGACGGAUGACAAGGAUGAUGAAGAGGAACACGAGGAUAAAAAGAAUGAAGUUUUAGAGAGGUUGAAUAAAUUCGCCCACUCUAGACCAUCUAUUAUCUUUACGUCUAGAGCCGUCUCUGUCAAGCCAUUCGAUGAGGACUGCAUAGAUCCACCUCAAUAUGCUUCCAGGCCUCCUUCGCCUCCUCAAGUAAAAGCAGAGGAUAAAGAAGUAUCUGGUCCAUCGGGAUCAUGA